ACGGUCAUUCUCAGUUUCCAAAGCCAAACAAACAAACACACCCCCAUAAACCCUCAUUCCGUUGGCACCCUUCCCCAGGCUCCGUAAAAGGUCUCCCUCCAUCCAUCUCUCUCCGCAUAAAUCAAAAUACUGAAAACCUUGCCAUAGACCCAAAAUCUGGUUUUAUUUUCCUCCCGCUCAAUGGCAAUCAUGCGAAACAGAAGAUUGGGAGUUCAGGAAGUAAGCACUAAUAGCAGUACUAAAGUAAGGGCUUUGAUAGAUAGGCGGUGCUUGGCUCCGCUGGCGCUGAACGGCGACGUAGAGGAGGAGCCAGCGAGCUGUGCAGUGAACCAGCCAUACCAUAGGUUGCCUCAACAGCUCCACGUCAAUCUGUCCGUCCUCAAACUCGACGGCUCUCUCUUCGAUGUUUGUGUCUCCCAGAAUGCCACUGUAGCAGAACUAAAGUGGGCCGUAGAGGAAGUUUUUGCUUCACGCCAAAAGGAAAUUUCUUGGUCGCAUGUGUGGGGGCACUUUUGCUUAACUUAUGAUGGCCAGAAGCUAAUUAAUGACAAGGUGUGUCUUCCAAAAUUUGGGAUCAAGGAUGGUGAUCAGCUUCAAUUCAUUCGGCAUAUGUCCAUCCAGAAUUCACCAUUGAGAGAAAGACCCAAGAACAACUUUGCUUACAAAUUGCUGUCAUUGUCGUCAUCAAAAUCAAAUGCUAAUGAAGAGAAAAAGGAGACUGGUUCAGGUGAUAUUAGUAAUGAUGAGAAUCAGGACAGUUCCAAGUGCGAUGGUUACAACGAAAAUCAGGAGGAAGAUCCCAUACCAGAGUCCAAGUUUGCUAGAGUCUUCAGAGGGUGGCUAUCAACCUCCAGCUUGAGGGGCAUUACAGGGAACGGAUCAGAGGGCAGGGGUCCAAGUACUUCAAGGUUUGCCGCGAGUUGCCUAGUAGGUGGAUCAGGGUCUAGUACUAAAUACAUAGGUUUAAAGCAUGGUCGAAAAUGGACGUAA